AUGUUUACAACUAAAGGCCUUCGACAGGGAUGUCCUCUGUCGCCUCUUUUAUUUAAUCUGUAUUUGGAAGUGGUUCUUAGGGACUGGAAGAACAGGUGUGGGGGAAUGGGCGUCCCUGUAGGAGAUGACUGUUUGGUUACAUUGAAUUUUGCCGAUGAUCAGGUGGUCAUAGCUCAAGAUGCUUACAACCUUGAAUUCAUGAUGAGCAGGUUAAAUUCGGCAUACACGGAAUGGGGCCUUACUGUGAACAUUGAUAAAACGGAAUACCUAUUGACCAAUUCAAAUGAUAAAUUUGACAUUUUUAUUACUGACAAUGCAAAGCUCAGACAGGUUGAAUGGUUUAAAUAUUUGGGGGCACGUAUAUCCAGCAGAAAGGGACUGGACAAAACAGAAGUAUCUGCUAGAAUAGAACAAGGGCGGAAGAUCAUAGGAGCACUGAACGGCAUCUGGUGGGACAAAAACAUAAGACCAAACACAAAAGUACAUAUUGGAAGAGCCCUAGUGGAGUCCGUAGUAACUUAUGGGUGUGAAGUUUGGACCUUAAAAGCUGAACAAAAGCGAGCUUUGAAUGCACUCGAAAUGGACUAUUUGAGACGCAGUGCGAGAGUAUCUAAACUGGACAGAGUUAGGAACGUGGAAAUCAAAAUGGAUGCCAAAAUGGAUGCCACACAGACAAUAGUGGAUAGAGUCGAACAGAGGGGCCUUAAGUGGUUUGGACACUAA